AUGUUCAUAGGCUCCAACACCGCCCUCUCAUCUCAAUUGAUGCAAGUGAUGACCGAAGGCGGCCCGGAGGGAAGUUUUGCUGGUCGGCCGCUGCACGACGAGGAGGAGGAAGAGCUUUCAUUGGCCGAAGGUUCCGAUGAUCCUAAAGUUAUUCUCGAGAUCUUCAAUCGUCAGCGUGCCCGAGCUCAGAGUCGAGAGACUGAGCUCAUUGAACAAAUAGAACGUUUGACGGAGCGUAUUGGGGCGUUAUCGACCGGGCCCUCAUCAGCUAUAGGGAGGGAACCCCCACCACCUCAACCACAGCCGUCGUCGUCGUCAUCAUCAACAUCAGAGAGCCAGACUGGCACUGCUGCGAGCAUCGGAUCUCAGUUGAAAAGUCGUGUUCAAAACAUAAGCACACAAUCCGGUAUCGCUGAAUUCGCGGGAAGAUUUUUUGGCUGA